AUGAAGAUCUUUGCUCUCUUGCUGAUAUUAGUUAUAGUGUCUGGUACUAAUCAUCAACAUAGACUCAAUUACACUAAGUAGAGAUCGAUCACUUCUGUGAUGGCUGAGGUGGAAAUGAAGAUUAAAUCUCAUUCUCCAUUAGAUUCUGUUUUGAAUGUACUUACAUAAUUUAGAGAUUCUGUCAAUGAGGAAUAAGUCAAUCAUGACUAAAUCUUUAAUGUGGAAUUAAAUGAAUGUUAGGCUGAAUAUGAAUUUAGAAAUGCUGAAAUUCAAAACGCCAAAAGUACUCUCAGAGAUUCUAAUGCUCAAUUAAGCACUUGUUAAUAUUCAAAAUAAAGAACAAUUGAAUAAUAAUAAGUCAAUUAAUAAUAAGAAAAUACCUUCUAGUAACAUCUAAAUACCAUUUUAACUACCGCUGAAACAGAAUCAGGCUAUUUUAAGAAGAGAGGUAGAUAAUAUGAAGAUUCAUUACAUGCUAUAGAUGAAGCAUUGACAAUAUUGGAAGGAAUUUCAUCUGGAUAUAGAAGUUUCUCUGAAUUAAGUAAAGUAAGUCAAAGAAUGUUAUAAACAUCAUUUGAUAUUAAGAAAACUCCAAUUUAUACUCCUAUUUUUAAUAGAUUUAUUUAAUUGGCAAAUCAAGGAGAAUCAGUUGAUUUGAGUUCAAUCUAAUAAGUAGAACAUUUACUUAAAGAUUUGAGAUCCACAAUUGAAGAUGCAUAUAAUUAAUUUACAGAAUCAAAUGUUUAAAGUGUUGCAUUAUUUAAUUUAUAAAAGGAGAAGGUAAACAAAGUUUUAUCAAGAUUAUAAUAAUAAUAUGAGAGAUAAUAAGUUAAAUUAGAUAAAUUAUCAGCUUGUAUUGGAGUUCAAUCAGCAGUAUCAAAUUCUGCUUCAUCUAAAUAAUAAAGAAAUCAAUAAUUAUUAGAAUAAGCUCAAGCCUUGUGUUCAACUUUUUAGACUGAAUAUAAUUAUGGUACUUAAUCAAGAAGAAAUGAAAUAUAAUUGGUGAAUCAACUUGAAGAGAUGGUUAGAUAGAGAUUUGAAGAAGUACAUGAAGAGUAGAUAGUGUUAAAAUUCGCCAAAUUGAAAUAUUGAGU